CAAAUUUCUACGAGCAUCCUUCACCGCCAAUCGCACACCGACGCCCCUCGGCGAGUGUGCGGAUAGAUAGUUUAUCAAUGUCUCCUCCAUGCCGUUGACUCUCCCCCGAAAUCCAGCGUUCUUCCGCACCGCAAUCCUCGACCAGUCAUUCAUUCGAAAGAACAUUUCCCUCGCUCGAACUCAUCCUUCAUUCUCGGAAGCGACACCCCGUCCUCAUAAAAUUCCCGCCGCACCUCACUCUUUCCUCCUCCCAGCUGUCGCCUUCACAACCACCACCAUGCCUCCAACAGACCCUUCUUCCCUCCCUACCUCGGCCCUCACCAAACACCGCCCCAUCGUUAUAUCCGGCCCCUCCGGCGCCGGCAAAUCCACCAUCCUCAACCGCCUCUUCGCCGAAUACCCCAACCGCUUCGGCUUCAGCGUAUCGCACACGACGCGGGCUCCUCGGGCGGGCGAGCAGCACGGCCGUGAAUACUACUUUGUUUCUCCCGAAGAGUUUGGCAAGUUGGUGCAGGAGGGCGGGUUUGUGGAGCAUGCGACAUUUGGGGGCAAUCAGUAUGGGACGAGUGUGGAGGCUGUGAGGAGGAUUGCUGAGGAGGGGAGGGUGUGUAUUUUGGAUAUUGAGAUGGAGGGUGUCAAACAAGUAGCCAACCACCCCACGUUUCCCAGACCCCGCUUCCUCUUCCUCUCGCCUCCCUCCCUAGAGAUCCUCGAGCAGCGCCUCCGUUCCCGUGCUACAGACAAAGAAGAAGCAAUUCAAAAGCGGCUCAAGCAGGCGAAGGUAGAGAUGGAGUUUGCCAGGAGUCCAGAGGCACCGCAUGAGAAGAUUGUGGUGAAUGAUGACUUGGAAAAGGCGUAUCAGGAAGUCAAGGAAUUUAUUGUUGGGAAGGAUGCGUAAAUAGGCAUAAGAAGCGAAGAGGGUCGAGGCUGAGGGGAUAGAGAGGCAAAAGGGAAUGUAGUAUGAUAUCACAGCGCUAUAGAUGUGUAUGAGAAUAUGGCAGGCGUUUUAUCCUGCCUUGGAUAGCAACUUCGCUAUAAAUGUCGCCGCCAGGUCUGCGAGGAUCAUAUCCCUUCUCAGGGAAUUGAUGGUAGAGGUCUUUUCGAGCCUGCACGGCCACGAUCA